GUUUUUCUUACCUACAAGUUUUUUUCUGCGUAGCAAAGGUGGCGUUUCGUUGCACCGCUGUUUCUCUCCUCAAUCGCGCAAGGGAUGUGCUGGUGCUUUCACCAUUCAGCCUCCAUUUCAAAGUGUGAGUUCGUUUUUCUUCAGUUACUGCUCUCAAAACAGCUAGCCGAAGUCUCUUCUGGUUUCUUGGCUGUGUUUUCGCGUCCGCGAGAAGUAUUCUUACCACAUAAUUACUCUAUUCAAUCUGCUACUCGAGUCUUUUCUUUCUUCGUAUUGUUGAUCUCAUCUCAUACCAUCACGUUGGAUCUCUGUUCGCAAUGCAAUCAAAUGUUCCACCAGGCGUUGGGCCAGGUGGCAGCGGUCAAGAGAAGCCGCCACUGAACGUCAAUGCGCCUCUAUAUCAAGGCCAAUUCAGCGGAAGGGGUCGGGGUGGCAACAACCGCAGUCACCGUAGCCCUCAAAACAACAACGGUGCCGAUAACACCACAAAAGGGAACGCCACGCAAGGAGCUGGGGUGACGAGUGGCUCGCCUGCACGCAAAGCGCCAGAUGCUCAGGCACCGAACGCGGGAAGCUUUUACGGAAAUGAAAAGACCGCGUCGACCGGUCGAGCGCAGCAGGGCAACCGCGGGCGUCGUAAUAGCGGCGGCGGCGGGGAAGGCGGCAACGGCGCGGCCAGUGUCGGUACCAGCGCCGCCGUCGCCGCAGCGAUGAAGCGACUGCAGAGUUUGCUGGCGGCCAGUCAGCGCUCGGACGCAAAACAGGGGCUGUCAAGACCUCAAGGGUCGACCGUGCACAGCAGUCUCGCGGAGGACAUGUUUUCCGGCGGGGCUUCAGCGAAUAGCUUUGUGAUGGAGUGCAUGCAGACGCAGCGCCCCGUUGCGUUGCUCACGCACUCCGGCGAACCGCUCUCCCCGCGUGGCGACCGCGUCGGCGGCGCGGGCCGCUCCGCCUACCAAGAGCAGCGCAAAGUAUCGCUUGAUAUGCUGCUGUCCAGCGUCGACGACAUCGUCUCCCAGGUGUAUGUCAACUUUGACGAGGACUUGACGAAGGUGCUCCUCAACGCGUUAGACCGCGUGACGGCGUGCGAGACGGCUGACCAGAAGGAGCGGACUAAAGUGCGCGUGAUUGACGAGAUGCUCGAGGUUCUCGGCGACAAGCACUACGAUCUGCUGCAGUGCAUUAUGUACCGCCCACGCGAGGUCUUUCUCCGGCUCUUGGAGGAGUUCUGCACCCUGGACGAUGACGGCGACACGGGUGUCAGCCAAUCCUCUGGUGGUCCGCAGGGCUUAACGGUGCGUUUUGUGAAGAACACAAAUCAGCGUUCACAGGCGCAAGAGGUUGUGAUCGGCGACGCCGGCAGAAUCACCGACCAAAAGUGGCUUGCCCACAUGAACAAGCGCUACCGUAUUCUCAUGCAGGAGUCGGAGUUGGAUGAGCUCUUCAAGCGCGAUUUUAGCAUGACGGGCUCCAUCAUGCCGGCGGGCGCCACCGUGACGAUGAAGCCCGGACAUGUUCGAAUCCACAUCCCGCCCCCGCGGCAGGAGAUCAUGCCAGAGGAGAAGCGGGUGUGCGUUGCCACCUCGCUGCCCGAGUGGACCCAUCCAGCCUUUCUCUCCAUCACCCACCUCAACACCAUUCAGACGACCAUUUUCCAAACCGCCUUUCACACCUCACAGAACGUGCUCGUGUGCGCGCCGACCGGCGCCGGCAAGACAGUCUGUGCGCUGCUGGUGAUGUUGCGCUGCAUCAGCGAGCACUUCGACGGCGGUGUUCUUGACCGCGACUUCAAAAUCAUUUUCGUUGCACCGAUGAAGGCGCUGGCGCAGGAAAUGGUGGAGAACUUCUCGCGACGGCUGGCACCGUUUAUGAUGAAGGUGCGCGAGCUCACCGGCGAUAUGCAGCUGACGAAGCGCGAGCUGGCCGAAACGCAAGUGAUUGUGACAACGCCAGAGAAGUGGGACGUCAUUACUCGGAAGUCGAGCAACGAAGAGCUCAUAAACCAAGUGAAGCUGAUCAUCAUGGACGAAAUCCACCUACUGAAUGAAGAGCGCGGCCCCGUGCUGGAGGCAAUCGUGGCUCGCACGCUGCGACACGGUGAGCUGAACCCUGAGAUGCGUAUCCGACUGGUGGGGCUGUCCGCCACGCUGCCGAACUACAAAGACGUGGCGAACUUCCUGCAGGUGGAUCUGCGCGAGGGCCUCAAGGUGUUCGGGCCAGAGUACCGUCCCGUGCCGCUGGAGCAGACCUUUAUUGGGGUUCAAAGCAGCGCUGGGCAGCAGCGGCACAACAAAGAAUACGAACUGGACCGCCUCGCGUACGAGGAGGUGGUGAGGAACGUGCGGGAAGGGCAUCAAGUCAUGGUGUUUGUGCACUCGCGGAAGCAAACGGUGCAGCUGGCGAAGUACUUCGUCGAGGAAGGGAAGCGCCGCGGCGAGGAGCAUCUUUUCCAGUACAAGGGCGUCAUGCCCUCCGCUGUCGAGAAGAAGGGUCGCACCUUGCAGGGGCGUGAUUUGUCCGCGCUGUUCGCGUCAGGCUUUGGCGCGCAUCACGCCGGUCUGGUUCGCUACGACCGGACCUGCACCGAGGGUUUCUUCCGCGAUGGCUACCUGCGAGUCUUGUGCUGCACAAGUACGCUGGCGUGGGGUGUGAAUCUGCCGGCGCACACUGUUGUGAUUCGCGGCACGCAGAUGUACGACCCGAAGCGCGGCGGCCUCGUUUCCAUUUCGGUGCUCGACGUGAUGCAAAUUUUUGGUCGCGCUGGUCGCCCGCAGUACGACACGAGCGGCCACGGCAUCAUCAUCUCUGACGACAAGGAGGUGAGUCACUUCCUGCGGCUCAUCGCGCACGCACUACCGAUCGAGAGUCAGAUGCAGGGCAAGCUGUGCGACCACCUGAACGCCGAAGUUAACGCCGGCACCGUUUCCUCUGUGAUGGAGGCCUCGUCGUGGCUGGAGUACACCUACAUGUGGCAGCGCAUUCGCGUAAAUCCGCUGACGUACGGGUUGAAGGUGAACAACGUGCGCAAGGAUCCCGAGCUGAAGAUGGUGCGGUACGAGAUGAUCAACACCUCCUUCACGGACCUCGCCAUCGCUGGCAUGGUGCGGUACAACCCCGAGACGGGCUCGGUGGAGAGCACGGAUUUAGGGCGUCUUGCCAGCCACUACUACAUCACCUACGAAAGCAUCAGCAUCUUCAACGAGAAGAUGCGCCGCCCCGACGACACGUGGAUCGAUUCACUAGACAUGGGCACGGCCAUGAACAUUGCCGCGUCGGCGAAGGAGUUCAGCCAGCUGAAGGUGCGGCAGGAGGAGCUCGACGAGCUGCAGAAGCUGCACCAGAUGAUGCCGAAGCAGGUGCGGGAGUACCGCGUGAGCGGCGAGAGCACCGAUGAGACGAGCACGCAGUGGAAGGUGACCACGCUGCUGAAGGCGUACAUCAGCCGCCUCGGCGUGGAGACGCACUCUCUCUCGUCGGACACGGUGUACGUGCUGCAGAACAUGCCGCGCAUCUGUCGCGCGCUCUUCGAGAUUGAGCUGGAGCGCGGUCACCCUCUCACCACCUACACGUACCUGACGCUGUGCAAGUGCAUGGAGCACCGCUGCUGGGACUUCGAACACCCCCUCACACAGUUCACGAACUGGGGACGCAGGGUGAACAUCACAGACGCGGUGUGGGUAAACCUCAACAAGCGCAAUCCGAGCAUGCAGCUGCUGCAGGAGAUGUCGGCGAAAGAGGUGGGUCAGAUGGUCCACAACGUACGCGCCGGACGCGACAUUGCGGAUUUGGUGGCGAAGUUCCCCUCCGUGAACAUCGACAUCGACGUGCAGCCGAUCACCCGUUCCAUUCUUCGCGUGAAGGUGACGAUCGCGGCCGACUUUGUGUGGAACCGCGAAAUCUCCGGCAACUCAGAGCUCUUUUGGUUACUCGUCGAAGACCAGGACAACCACUUCAUCUUCCACCACGAGUCGGUGAUUAUUACGCGCAAGGAGGUGGAGGCCGGUAUUCCGCACGUGGUGAAUCUUGCUGUACCGAUCGUGCCGCAGUAUGACAUGUACUCCGUGCGGCUCUACAGCGAUCGGUGGAUGGGGUGUAAGGAGGACUACACCUUCUCGAUUGGCCACCUGCACCUGCCGGAGGACUCGCAGAUGACGACGAAGCUGCUACCCCUCAGCCCUCUGCGGCUGCACGUCAUCCCCGAGGAGUACCACGCGCUGUACAAGCAGUACAACCAGUUUAACGCGGUGCAAACGCAGAUCUUCCACGUUCUCUUCCACACGGAUCAGAACGUUUUCCUCGGCGCCCCUACUGGUAGCGGUAAGACCAUCGCGGCGGAGAUGGCCAUCCUCCGUGUGUUUGAGCAGUACCCCGGCAAGAAGGUGGUGUACAUUGCGCCGCUGAAGGCUCUCGUGAAGGAGCGACUGCGCGACUGGAAGACGCGCAUGAAGCUGAUUGGGCGGUCAGUGGUGGAGCUGUCCGGUGAUGCGACCCCCGACAUUAGCGCGCUGGCGAAGGCCGACAUUUUGUGCACGACGCCCGAAAAGUGGGAUGGUAUCUCGCGUAACUGGCAGGUGCGCAGCUACGUCACGGCGGUGAAGCUGGUGGUGUUCGACGAGGUGCACAUGCUCGGCACCGAUCGCGGUCCGAUUUUGGAGGUCAUCGUGAGCCGCAUGCGCUACAUAGGGUGGAACCUGAAGGCGCCGAUCCGCCUGAUCGGCCUCUCCACCGCCGUCUCCAACCCGGGUGACUUGAGCUCGUGGCUUGGCGUGGAGAAGAAGUGGGCCGUCUUCAACUUUGACCCCUCCGUACGUCCCGUCCCCAUGACGGUGCACAUCUCCGGCUAUCACGGCAAGAACUACUGCCCGCGCAUGGCAACCAUGAACAAGCCCACCUACAACGCCAUCUGCGAGAAGAGCCCCACGCAGCCGGUAAUCGUGUUCGUCUCGUCGCGUCGCCAAACGCGCCUGACCGCCAUGGCCCUCAUCGGCUUCCUGCUGAUCGAGGGCAACACGGCGAAAUGGGUGCACAUGGAUGUGGAUCAGGUGCAGAAGUACACGUCUCAGCUGGACGACCCGUACGUGAAGCACUGCCUUCAGUUCGGCGUCGGCAUCCACCACGCUGGUCUCCUCGAGGGUGACCGCACCAUCGUCGAGGACGCCUUCCUUUCCGGACGCAUUCAGGUGCUGGUGGCGACGUCGACACUCGCGUGGGGUGUGAAUUUCCCUGCGCACAUGGUCGUGGUGAAGGGAACGGAGUACUACGACGCCAAGACCUCCUCCUACGUGGACUUCCCCAUCACGGAUGUGCUGCAGAUGAUCGGUCGUGCUGGGCGGCCGCAGUACGACACGGAGGGCGUCGCCCAGGUCCUCUGCCACGAGCCAAAGAAGGGCUUCUACCGCAAGUUUCUUUACGACCCGUUUCCGGUGGAGAGCGCGCUGCACAAGCAGCUGCACGUGCACAUCAACGCCGAGAUCGUUUCGGGCACCAUCAACACCCGCCAGGACGCGGUGAACUACCUGACGUGGACCUACCUCUUCCGCCGCAUUGCGCGCAACCCGUCGUAUUACGGGCUGGAGGACGGCUCGCCGAAAGCGGUGACUAUUUUUCUGUCGAACCUCGUGAAGGUGGUGCUGGCGGAUCUGGAGCGGUGCGGCUGCAUCGAGCCGCCAGACGCGAUGGACGAAGACGCCGACCCCGACGCAAUACAGUACACUGUACUCGGCAAAUUGUGUUCCUACUAUUAUAUUUCCCACCUCACCGUCGAUCUGUUCAACCGCAGCAUCGAGCCGGACCAAUCGUGUGCCGAGCUGCUGCGGCUGCUGUGCGACGCGGAGGAAUUCAACGAGCUGCCGGUGCGGCACAACGAGGACAAGAUGAAUAUGGAGCUGGCGCGGCAACUCCCGCUGCCCAUCCGCGACGCGGAGGCCGACAGCCCGCACGUCAAAGCGUACCUGCUCUUCCAGGCCCUCUUCGACCGCGCCCCCAUGCCGAUUACCGACUAUCUCACGGAUCAGAAGUCCGCCAUGGACAACGCCGUGCGCGUCAUUCAGGCCAUGACGGAUGUCGCAGCGAACAACGGCCACCUCCACGCCGCGCUGCGGUGCAUGACACUGAUGCAGUGCAUGGUGCAGGCCCGCUGGUGGGACGACAACUCCCUCCUGCAGAUACCGAACGUGGUGAAGGCGAUGCUACCGGUUAUUGAGAAGGAGUGCGGCGUCCGCCACGCGGCCGAGCUCGCAAACAGUCCGCUGUCUGUGCUGCAGCAGUUCCGAAAAGUGCUAGAGAUGCCCGUCUUUGGCCUGCGGAAGCGCGACGUGAAUGAGUCGAUGGAGGCGGUGCGCGGGCUGCCUCUGGUCCAGGUCAGCCUCACCAUCGCGCAGCAGCCCGCACCGCCCCAGGACGACGAGGACACCGACGCGACGUAUGAGCUGACGGUGCACUUACAGCGGCUAUCGUUUGGGCAGAAGAGCGUCGUCGCGCCCCACUUCUCGAAGACGAAGGAUGAGCAGUUCUGGGUGGUGGUCGGCCACGAACCCACGGGUGAACUGGUCGCUUUGAAGCGUGUGAACCGCCUGCGGCAAAGCCACACGACGAUGCUGCGGAUCGACUGGGACGAGGACUGGGUGAAGUACAGCUCAGAUGCCACGGUGGAGCUGAACGUGUAUCUCGUGUGCGACUCGUACAUCGGCAUGGACCAGCAAUACAGCUUCACGCUUCCGAAGCCUUGCUAG